AUGUCGGAAACGCAAGGUUUGGAACCCAGUCUCCUCGAGGAAGUCUUUGGAAAGGAAACGACCCAUGCUGACUUUGGAUCCGUUUUUCCGGCGCAAUCUAGGACACCCACCCUGUCUUAUACUAAGUCCCUCGAGAACCGAAUCGCCGAAUUAGAAGCGGAACUAGAAGCGGUACAGAAUCGGGUCAGGGAGCAAGAAGGCGCUGACCUAAAGCUGAAAGUGGAGGAGCCCGAGAUCAACGCGCCAUUAGAACGAUUAACCCGGCACCCAAGUGCGCCGCAAGAUGGGAAAGACACCUUGGACUUGGCUCGAGAUAUUGAAGGACUGACAAUGGAGGAUGAUGGGCGAAUAUCUUUCCAUGGACCGACAAGCUUAUUCCAACUGCCGAGCGGAAUCCCGCAAGAGGCAUCGAACCCCGUCCAGGCAGAACAGGAAAUGGACGGCCGAAAGGAGAGACUGAUUAACAAUGCAUGGAGAGAGCGGGCAUUCGAGCAACUUGCAACAAUCCCUGUGGGUGUUCCCAUAGCUCUGCGCGAUCGGGACGGCGAUACUGAUCUUCUCCAGGAACCUUUUCAUUACCUCCUUGACUCGCAUUGGUGCUGGAUACAUCCUCUUUUCAAUUUUGUCUAUCGACCGGCUUUUACCCGUGAUAUGAAGAUUAAUGGCCCAUACUAUUCUGAUGUCCUUUUGAAUGCAAUUCUGUCCCAUUCGCUCCGAUGGUGUAAGAGCGAACCAAAGAUCAGUCGACUACUGGAUCCAUAUGACGGUGGCACUCAAUUUUUCAACAGGGCAGUUGAUGGGUUGUAUGAGAGCCUUAAACAUGGGAAUGGGCAAAUACCAAUCGUGCAAUCCUUGCUAUUACUGAGUGCGCAGGAGUGUGGCCGUGGAAACAGGACCCAGGCGUGGCUCUAUAGUGGGAUGGCGUUUCGUCUGGUGGAAGACUUGGGAAUCACGAUUGAUAGUCGGAAAUACUCAGGCUCGAUUCAAUUCUCAGAUGAAGAUGUGGAAAUCCGGAAUCGCCUCUUCUGGAGCUGCUACUUUUGGGACAAAUUGGUGUCAUUGUAUUUUGGGCGGUCUCCGAUAAUUCAAGAUACUCCAAAAUGGUGGAAUGAGCUACCCGUUUUCUUAAGACUGACGGUCACUGACCUCCCUGCGUAUUGCCCUCCAAGUCAUAUUGUCACGUUGAAUUGUAUCUAUCAUAUCACCAAUAUCCUUCUACACCGACCGAUUCUCUGCUCGAAACCGUUUAGGAGCUCCGAAAACGCAGCAGACAACGCAAAUCAUCUGGUUCAAUGCCUUUCUUCGGCGACGUCCAUCAUCUCCCUUUACGACCUCUACCGACGGACAUUUGGGGACUCCCAUGUUGUUCUUUCUCUUGCAUACAGCCUUUAUACUGCAGCCUCAAUAUUUCUCCUGGAGAUCCAAGCGCUAAAAUAUGCCUCAGCCUCGACUUUGGAAAAGCUCAGGUAUUGUAUUCUCGCGCUAGAACGUGUUCGACCUGCGAAUCCAGUCAUCAAUACUGUUCUUGGCCUUGUUGAAAAGGAACUACAAAAGCUACAUAUCAAUAUUAUGGAGCCAAUACACCCUGAUCCUCAACCAAUACCGUCUCGUUUAACAUCGCAGCACACCCACGAAGCCCGCCAGUUAGACCAACAUUCACAACAGCAUACGCUUCAUUCUCCAGCUACAUACACGCUCCCACCCCAUGGAGCGUUCAGCAUCACACCGCCGCCUUUCAAGGAACAAAAUUCAGAUAUGUCUUUUACAAUGGAUCCUUCCUUGUUGAAUCCCGGGGAAUUCUCGCAACAGUACGAUAUUGCUCCGGAGCUGUUUGAAGCAUUUUCGUAUGUAGAACCUAUGACAACGAAUGUCGGCACUGACGAGUUUGAUCCUACCUGGUCUUCAUCUACAGGUUGA